UCCCUGAUGUACCCUCUUUCUUUCGUGUUUGUGAUUGCUAAUUUGCUGCUUUUCUUUUCUCAGUUCUCAGAUGCAACUGAUACACUUGCUUUAUCCCAGUCUCUUGCCGAUGGCAGUACUUUAGUUUCGAAAGAUGGAAGUUUCGAGCUUGGUUUCUUCAGUCUUGGUAGUUCCAGGAACCGUUAUUUGGGAAUUUGGUACAAAAAUAUCCCUGUCAAAACCGUUGUUUGGGUUGCGAACCGGAGUAGUCCGAUUAACGAUACCUUCGGCUUGUUAAUGAUAAACAACUCCGGCAAUCUCACACUACGUAGCAAGAACAUGGGUAAUGUUGUUUGGUCAUCAAACUCGACGAAAGCUGCCCUAAAGAGCCCAGUAUUACAGCUACUGGAUUCUGGGAAUCUGGUGUUAAGAGAAGGAAAUGGUGAAAACUCUGGAAUCUACAUAUGGCAGAGUUUUGAUUAUCCAACUGACACAUUGCUACCAGGGAUGAAGUUUGGAGUGAACUUAAAGACCGGACUUGAUCGGCGUCUUACAUCGUGGAAAAGCACGGAUGAUCCAUAUCCUGGAGAUUUUGUUUGGAAGAUGCAACCACAUGGUAACCCAGAGUACAACAUAUUGAAAGGUUCAAAAAUCUAUUUUCGAUCAGCCCCAUGGAAUGGCAUCUCAUACAGUGGUAAUCCACAGUUAAGGUCUAACAAUAUUUUUAACUUUUCCUUUGUGAAUACCGAGGAGGAGAUUUACUACAUAUACUACCUCGAAAAGAAAUCUGUAAUUUCAAGGAUUGUAAUCAACCAAACUAGCUAUAGGCGCGAGCGCUACACAUGGGAUGAAGCCUCUGCGUCUUGGAAUCUACAUGCAUAUGUACCAAAUGAUUAUUGCGACUUCUAUAACCAUUGCGGUCCCUAUGGAAAUUGCAUCGUUGAUGCGUCGCCCAUUUGUCAAUGUUUGAAAGGUUUCGUGCCUAAAUCACCAGAUCAGUGGAACUCAGGGGCUUUGUCUGAUGGCUGCAAGCGCAACAAGUCAUUAGGAUGCAGCGAGGGCACUGGAGAUGGGUUUCUUAAAUUCCGUGGAUUAAAAUUGCCAGACACUACAUAUUCUUGGGUAAAUAAAAGCAUGAAUCUCGAGGAAUGCAGGGCUAAAUGCUUACAGAACUGUUCUUGCACGGCGUAUACAAGCUUUGAUAUUCGAGAAGGAGACAGUGGUUGCGCCAUUUGGUUUAACGAUUUGAUUGACAUUAGAGAAAUUUCCAGUGGUGGACAGGAUCUAUACGUAAGGAUGUCUGCUUCUGAAUUAGCUGACAUUCUGGAUGUGAAACAUGAAGUUGACAAGAAGAUACUGGUGAUAAUCAUCCUUGCUAUUGCUGUGAUUUCUGGGAUUGUAGUUGUCAUCUACUGCUCCCGCAAGAGCAUGUCAAAGUUUAUAGGUAAAAGUAAAUUAUGUAUUUUGUUUUCUUACACAAAUGAUAUUGGAAUUUAUAAAAUUAUAAAAAAUCAAACAGAAAAGAAAGAAGAAAUUGACAACUCUGAAAGCUCAGAGGAAGAUAUGGAGCUCCCAUUAUUUGAUCUUGUCAUCAUAUCACAUGCAACCAAUAAAUUUUCCGACAGCAAUAAACUAGGAGAAGGAGGUUUCGGACCUGUUUACAAGGGUACACUAAUAGAUGGAAAAGAAAUUGCUGUGAAGAGGCUGUCAAAGAAUUCCGGACAGGGGCUAAAGGAGUUCAAAAAUGAAGUUAAAUUGAUUGUGAAACUUCAGCACCGAAAUCUUGUAAAGCUUCUUGGCUGCUGCAUUGAAGGAGAUGAGAGAAUGUUGAUUUAUGAAUACACGCCAAAUAAAAGCCUAAACUCCUUCAUUUUUGAUCAAACAAGAGGUAAGGCAUUAGAUUGGUCCAAACGUUUCAAAAUUUUGUGUGGAAUAGCUAGGGGGCUUCUGUAUCUUCAUCAAGAUUCAAGACUCAGGAUUAUACAUAGAGAUCUCAAAGCAAGUAAUGUAUUACUUGACAAGGACAUGAAUCCAAAAAUUUCAGAUUUUGGCAUGGCCAAAACUUUUGGGGCAGACCAAACCGAAGGGAACACAAACAGAGUAGUUGGAACUUUUGGUUAUAUGGCACCAGAAUAUGCAACUGAUGGAUUAUUCUCAGUGAAAUCUGAUGUAUUUAGCUUUGGAAUCCUAAUGCUUGAGAUAAUAAGUGGAAAGAAAAGUCGCGGAUUUUAUCACCCAAAUCAUAGUCUAAACCUUGUUGGAUAUGCUUGGAAAUUGUGGAAAGAAGGCAAGUUAUUGGAAUUGGUUGAUCCAGUUUUAAGAGAGGCAUGUCAUCUAUCAGAAGUGAAGCGAUGCAUCCAUAUUAGCCUCUUAUGUGUGCAACACCAUGCAGAGGACAGGCCAAGCAUGGCAUCUGUGGUUCUAAUGUUGGGUAGUGAGAUUGCAAUGGCGCAGCCCAAAGAACCAGGCUUUUUUAAGGACAAAGGUCCACUUGAAGCAGAGUCAUCCUCUACCAAUAUUGAAUCUUCUUCGACCAAUGAAAUUUCUGUGUCAUUGCCGGAUGCUCGAUCCCUGAUGUACCCUCUUUCUUUCAUGUUUGUGAUUGCUAAUUUACUGCUUUUCUUUUCUCAGUUCUCAGAUGCAACUGAUACACUUGCUUUAUCCCAGUGUCUUGCCGAUGGCAGUACUUUAGUCUCGAAAGAUGGAAGUUUCGAGCUUGGUUUCUUCAGUCCUGGUAGUUCCAGGAACCGUUAUUUGGGAAUUUGGUACAAAAAUAUCCCUGUCAAAACCUUUGUUUGGGUUGCGAACCGGAAUAGUCCGAUUAACGAUACCUUCGGCUUGUUAAUGAUAAACAACUCCGGCAAUCUCACACUACGUAGCAAGAGCAUGGGUAAUGUUGUUUGGUCAUCAAACUCGACGAAAGCUGCCCUAAAGAGCCCAGUAUUACAGCUACUGGAUUCUGGGAAUCUGGUGUUAAGAGAAGGAAAUGGUGAAAACUCUGGAAUCUACAUAUGGCAGAGUUUUGAUUAUCCAACUGACACAUUGCUACCAGGGAUGAAGUUUGGAGUGAACUUAAAGACCGGACUUGAUCGGCGUCUUACAUCGUGGAAAAGCACGGAUGAUCCAUCUCCUGGAGAUUUUGUUUGGAAGAUGCAACCACAUGGUAACCCAGAGUACAACAUAUUGAAAGGUUCAAAAAUCUAUUUUCGAUCAGCCCCAUGGAAUGGCAUCUCAUACAGUGGUAAUCCACAGUUAAGGUCUAACAAUAUUUUUAACUUUUCCUUUGUGAAUACCGAGGAGGAGAUUUACUACAUAUACUACCUCGAGAAGAAAUCUGUAAUUUCAAGGAUUGUAAUCAACCAAACUAGCAAUAGGCGCGAGCGCUACACAUGGGAUGAAGCCUCUGUGUCUUGGAAUCUAUAUGCAUAUGUGCCAAAUGAUUAUUGCGACUUCUAUAACCAUUGCGGUCCCUAUGGAAAUUGCAUUGGUGAUGCGUCGCCCAUUUGUCAAUGUUUGAAAGGUUUCGUGCCUAAAUCACCAGAUCAGUGGAACUCAGGGGCUCUGUCUGAUGGCUGCAAGCACAACAAGUCAUUAGGAUGCAGCAAGGGCACUGGAGAUGGGUUUCUUAAAUUCCGUGGAUUAAAAUUGCCAGACACUACAUAUUCUUGGGUAAAUAAAAGCAUGAAUCUCGAGGAAUGCAGAGCUAAAUGCUUACAGAACUGUUCUUGCACGGCGUAUACAAGCUUUGAUAUUCGAGAAGGAGACAGUGGUUGCGCCAUUUGGUUUUACGAUUUGAUUGACAUUAGAGAAAUUCCCGGUGGUGGACAGGAUCUAUACGUAAGGAUGUCUGCUUCUGAAUUAGCUGGCAUUCAUGAUGUGAAACAUGAAGUUGACAAGAAGAUACUGGUGAUAAUCAUCCUUGCUAUUGCUGUGAUUUCUGGGAUUGUAGUUGUCAUCUACUGCUCCCGCAAGAGCAUGUCAAAGUUUAAAGAUCAAACAGAAAAGAAAGAAGAAAUUGACGAGUCUGAAAGCUCAGAGGAAGAUAUGGAGCUCCCAUUAUUUGAUCUUGUCAUCAUAUCACAUGCAACCAAUAAAUUUUCAGACAGCAAUAAACUAGGAGAAGGAGGUUUCGGACCUGUUUACAAGGGUACACUAAUAGAUGGAAAAGAAAUUGCUGUGAAGAGGCUGUCAAAGAAUUCCGGACAGGGGGUAAAGGAGUUCAAAAAUGAAGUUAAAUUGAUUGUGAAACUUCAGCACCGAAAUCUUGUAAAGCUUCUUGGCUGCUGCAUUGAAGGAGAUGAGAGAAUGUUGAUUUAUGAAUACAUGCCAAAUAAAAGCCUAAACUCCUUCAUUUUUGAUCAAACAAGAGGCAAGGCAUUAGAUUGGUCCAAACGUUUCAAAAUUUUGUGUGGAAUAGCUAGGGGGCUUCUGUAUCUUCAUCAAGAUUCAAGGCUCAGGAUUAUACACAGAGAUCUCAAAGCAAGUAAUGUAUUACUUGACAAGGAUAUGAACCCAAAAAUUUCAGAUUUUGGCAUAGCCAAAACUUUUGGAGCAGACCAAACCGAAGGGAACACAAACAGAGUAAUUGGAACUUUUGGUUAUAUGGCACCAGAAUAUGCAACUGAUGGAUUAUUCUCAGUGAAAUCUGAUGUAUUUAGCUUUGGAAUCCUAAUGCUUGAGAUAAUAAGUGGAAAGAAAAGUCGUGGAUUUUAUCACCCAAAUCAUAGGCUAAACCUCGUCGGACAUACUUGGAAAUUGUGGAAAGAAGGCAAGUUAUUGGAAUUGGUUGAUCCAGUUUUAAGAGAGGCAUGUCAUCUAUCAGAAGUGAAGCGAUGCAUCCAUAUUAGCCUCUUAUGUGUGCAACACCAUGCAGAGGACAGGCCAAGCAUGGCAUCUGUGGUUCUAAUGUUGGGUAGUGAGAUUGCAAUGGCGCAGCCCAAAGAACCAGGCUUUUUUAAGGACAAAGGUCCACUUGAAGCAGAGUCAUCCUCUACCAAUAUUGAAUCUUCUUCGACCAAUGAAAUUUCUCUGUCAUUGCUGGAUGCUCGAUAGAGCAUCAUUUAACUGCGUGCCUCUUAAUACUAUUGCUGUAAUAGAGCAUGGUGUUCAUCAAUAUACUUUUAUACCUUGUACUUC